AUGGAAGGCCUCGUCUCGCAUCAGUCGUCCCACCCGUUCCCCUUCCCGCUUGAAGCACGAUCGUAUCCUCCACGAUCAUCAUCCCACUACAGCCAGAGGCUCGCCUACCCACCACAUCACGACCCCGCACAGUUUUACGAUCAGCCAUUCGCUCAGCAGCAACAGCAGCAGUCCCAGUUUCCGUCCGCCCAACAGUCCCUGCAGAUCCAGACAGCCAACCCCGCGCCCCACGAGCAGGAUCCGGAAGAGCAGACUGCGCAUCCCUCCCGCCCCAAUUCGUACCAUCAGCUGCAGCAUGGCAUCGAUGCCGACCACGAUAGCGACAGCGACCUCCCCCAGCAGGAGCAGUCCAUCGCCGAUGCGCUUACUGACAACUCCGGGCCGCACGGAGGCCUCAGCCGCCCGCUGACGCUCCAGGAGCGCGAGAUGCUCGCCCACCUCGACAGGCUCAAGUUCUUCCUCGCCACCGCCCCCUCCCGCUGGAACACAGAGAACGGUUUCGCUGGCCCAGACCCGUCCACCGUGCCCGCGGGCCACCCGCACAGCGCACACCCGGCCCUCAACCGCUUCCUGCUCCCCAACUCCGAGUACGUCUCCUGUGUCCUCUGGGGCGGCUUGUAUCACAUCACAGGAACGGACAUCGUCCGCGCGCUCGUCUUCCGCUUCGAGGCGUUCGGUCGCCCCGUCCGGAAUAUGAAGAAGUUCGAAGAGGGCGUGUUCUCCGACCUCAGGAACCUCAAGCCUGGGAUAGACGCGUGUCUGGAAGAGCCCAAGUCGCCUUUCCUUGAUCUGUUGUUCAAGUACCAGUGCAUUCGCACGCAGAAGAAGCAGAAGGUGUUCUACUGGUUCUCUGUGCCACAUGACCGGCUUUUCCUCGACGCGCUCGAGCGCGACCUCAAGCGCGAGAAGAUGGGCCUCGAGCCAACGACCGUCGUCACGGGCGAGCCUGCGCUCUCGUUCACCUAUGACCCUAAGCGCUCGCUCUAUGAGCAAUUCGCCAAGGCGUCCGGCAGCCGAGAGGGUGAGGGCGAGCUCGAGGCCGCGGUCCGGCGCGCGGACGAGGCAUCUGAGAACGGCAGCGUCGCUGACAGCGACAGGCAGUCCGAUGCCGGGCAGUCGUCGGCGUCCGAGGCGGACGAGUCGCAGGGCGAGGAUAGUGCAAGCGUAAAGGCGAACAAGAAGAGCCCCAGGCCGGCACCAAAGAACACGCACUCGCCGUUCUUCUCGAUGUUCUCGCUCUUCGAGGGCUCGCCGACGUACAAGCAGCGGCGCAAGAAGGUGCAGAAGGCGCGCAAGUCCCCGGGCGUGGGCGACAACCACUUCCCCCACCAUCCGUCCGCGAUAGGCCACCACGGCAUGCCCGGCCACCCCGAUGGCGAAUACGGCUGGCCGCAUCCCCACGCACACGCACACCAACAGCAGCAGUACCGCGAGCCGCACCUGGACAGGUUCGGGCGCGAGACGAUGCGGCUGAGCGCGGAGGACAUGUUCAGGGCACAGGCACGGGGCGACUUCGUCGCGAGCAACCCCGAUGUGCUCAUCACGCAGAAGGAGAGGCAACGGCGCGCGCUGGAACAGCAGGCGAUCGAGCUCGCCGCGGGAGGCGCACAGGGCAAGAUUCCAUACUUGAGCGGGCUCUCCGGGCCCGGGGUCGCCGGCGGCGUACCCGUCCCGGUCAACGGUGCGAACGCGGCGGCAGCGGCGAAGCUGGCCUUCUCUGCUGCUGGUGAUAUGUCACAACAACAACAACAGCAACAGCAGCAGCAGCAGGACGGCAGUGGAUUGUACGACAACAUGACGCAGCUCUCGGGCUACGACCAGCAGCAGUUCGGCCAGCAGCAGCAGCCGCACAUGCCCGGUCCCCGGCCACAACUCGAGCAAAGACACACGUACCCGAUCCCCGAGUACGCUACAGUUAUGCACGCGCACCCCCUGCGCUCCGAUACAGACUCCUACGCCGUCGCGGGCGUCCCGCAGGCGAUCACCACGGGCUGGGCGGGCGCGGACGCGAGCGGCAGCAUGCUCGCCGGGGCCCUGCGGACGAAGGCGUUCGUCUGCCCGCUGUUCUCGUGCGGGCGGAUGUUCAAGCGGAUGGAGCACCUCAAGCGCCACCUCCGGACGCACACGCUCGAGCGGCCCUUCGAGUGCGACCGGUGCCGGAAGCGGUUCUCGCGCUCGGACAACCUCGCGCAGCACGUGCGCACGCACGAUCGGCGCGCGGCCGCGGUCGCGGUGGGCGCGUCGGGGCUCGUGGGCGAGGGAGAGCCGGAGGAGGCGGACGAGAUCGAGGUGGACGACAUUGAGGGCCAGCUGGAGUACCUCUCGGGCGCGCGGGGGAUUACGAGCGUGCAGAUGUGCGAGGUCGAGGUGCAGGGCCAGGUGCACGAGGUCCCGGGCGACGAGGAGGGCCUCGUGACGACCACAGGCGCCAUCGCGCCCACAAUGGCUGCUGCGGCCGCUGCCGUCGCUGAGCAGCAGCAGCAGCCGGAGAUGUUCUUCGAGCAGGCGCAGGCGCAGCCUCAGCCCUCGUACGACGCAACCGGCCAGGUCCUCCGCACGUCCCCCGAGCCGAGCCCGUACAUGACGGCGUCGACGACGAACAACUCGCCUGACGCGCAAUGGGCGACGAUCCCGCGCUCGCAGCAGCCGAGCCCCUCCUCUACGGCGUUCACGGCCACGGGCGUCGCAAGCAGCUCGGCCCUGACGCUCCCCCAGCACCACCAACAGCGGCUCGACGCGUCGUACCACACGCACGCGAGCGCGCUGGGCGAGUACAACGUCACGUCCAUUUCGGCCCCCAGCCACAAGCUCUCGUUCGACCAUGGUGCGCUCUACCCUCCCGAGCUCGCGCUCCACAACGGCCCUGGCCCGAUCAGGCGGCACAGGAGCGCGACGCCGUCGAUCGCCAAGUUCGGCGUCGGCGAGAGCAUCCGGCGGCCGUACUCUGCCGCGCUGUCCGAGUCGAGCCAGGCGAGCGGGGGCAGCGGCAGCAGGUCGUACCACCCGUACGUCGUCCCGGGCCACCACGUCUCGCACUCGGCGCAGUCGAGCCCGAUGGCGUACACGGUGCCGCUGGGGGGCUACGACUCGCAGCCGCCCAGCAGGCACCACUCACGCUCGAGCUCGAGCGGGCAGCUGCAGGAGCAGAUGCGGCAGAUGCUCAGCUUGGAGGCCGUCCAGGGCGUGCAUCAGGUAGACGCGGAUGCGUCGGCGAUGGCGUAUGGCUCGUCGCAAGCCCAGGCUCAGCCGUUCCAGGGUAUGUACCGCACGGACUCGCCGAUGCAGUAUGGUAAUGGCCCAGCGGUACCGGCGGAGACGUACGAGAUGGACCUCGGACAGCAUCAUCCCCAACAACAGCAACAGCAGCAAUCGGCGGACGGCAUGUACGCGGUUGGACUGGCGGGCGCGCAGGCUGUCCAGUACGCGCAGGGGUACUAUCCGCACCCACAUCACUCUCUCUGAAUCCCUGAAUCCUAUCAACACAAUCGACUUCGACAUCUUCCUCGACUCGGACCCGGAUACUAUAUAGCACACACGUAAUACGUCCCGGAACACACCACGACGACGCACACCGCACAUCGGUCACGCCUACAGAAUCGGAAGUUUAUAUCAAUCUAAUAUCUAAGUCCCGCAUUGUCUUCUGUUCUCCUGUUCUUUACUUUGUCGCAAGUUCCGCUAUCAGAUAUGUUCACCGCUGUCUGCACGCCUAGCAUAACCACUACCCUAAGCGGACUUGGCCUUGCUGUAUCAAAAUGACACGCCGUAUUGCUCCUCUCUUCGUCAUCCAUCCAUCCGUCCAUCCAUCACUCAUCACCACACUAGUGCUUGCUAUCGUUAACGUCCUCGCCCUGCAUCAUCGAUCUAGCUUCGUCUUCUCCUCAUUCGUUCUCCUCCAUUCCCCUUUCAUUCCUCCUCCGUCGUAUCGACUCGUGCCCCAUUGUUCCCAUGACCCCCUUCGUUCGGCUGAUCUGCGAUGGGCUGUGCCGAUGCGCGCAGGCUUGUCUUGGAUCCAUAGGGUCCGCCCGCCACCGGCGUAUCUCCAUGGUCCCGUCCCAAGCGGAUCCCCUGAUGGUCACAUAUCGGGCAUGGUCGUCUGUACGACGUCGCUCGUUUUACUUACUCCUACUUUCCACUCAAUUAUCAGCGCUAGACGCGUUUCGGUGCAUCGCGCUUUCUUCGUAUUAGCCUAGCUCGCCUUUUGUAUAUCCACGUGUGUCGUUAUAGCCUACUAGUACCCUAAGUCUCCCGGGGCCCUCCCCGCGCAAUCGUCACGAUUCUUUAUUUCUCCAUCGCAAUCACUUCGCGCUCUCGGUCUCACUUCAUUCACGAGUAUAUACGUAAUUUUAUGUCGGACGGCACCCCUAAUAUCGUAAUCGUUCCCCGCAAUGUCAUGAUAUUUUUAUGGUC